AUGUCAAUAUCAGAACCCGCCAGAAUUUCAAUCCAUUUUGGCCUAAUAAUCCUAUCUUUCGAAUUACAUCUUGCCUUGCCCUCAAGGUAUGACGUUUACAGAGAACUCUUAAAAGUCGCCGUUCUCUCGGGCCGUUACCUGAAUGCGGUAGGCACCAACGAGCAUAAACUCAACACACGUGUCCUCAUCACACUUGACUAUGCCAACAUUUGCCUAUACCAGCCUGUUGACUGUAAAAUGCCCUUGGGGUCGGAUCAGUCGAAAAAUCUCUCAGUACCAUUAAACACACCCAAUGGAUUCCCAAAUCGUUUGGGCCAGUCGCCCUCUCGGACAAAGUAUGAAUUCCGUUCACAAGCAGAAAAUCUGUCCAGAAUAUCUUCACAACCUAGUCUGGAGGAGCCCGAAUACGUUUACACUUCGCCUGCACGGCCUUAUGAUAUUACCACAAGACUGAAGCAUCGGCAGCAGGAAAAAGAGACGCGGAAGAGAAAACGCAAUCUCUUGCGAGCCGGGAAGCGCGGAGGCUUGGCUGAAGAUAUGUUUAACAUUGACUUGGUACCGUUGCCUCCGGAAUUUUACACAAGCGUCUGCCUGGACACAGCAAGGCCAGUCUGGGAUACACUAGUUGUCUACAAGGUUAGUUUACGAGCCCUCCAUUUCAAUAUCUAUUUUUGA